UAUAUUUCUCACAUUAAAUGGACAAAUAAUAUGACUGGUCAAAUCACCAAUUCCAAUAGGUGGAGAAGAAGAUUAUAACUGAAUAGGAUGUUGAGAAAUUCAAGAAGACAAAAAUACUAGGAGAAUUAUUGGCUUUCUUGUAAUCACUAAUACAAUCGAUCUAAAAUAAGAAGAUUUCAUAGACAAAAGGAAAUGAGAAGUUCAUUCACAUUUGUAUUUUAUCAUCUUACAAUUAGAAUAAUUAUUUGUGUAGUUAGAGCAGUUACUUUUGAAAGUGCCACCAAUCUAAUAAUCAAUGAGAUAUGGCAAUAAAGCCUUUAGAGAUUGGCUUGAUUAAAUUAACCCCAUAGUUGAUGAUUAUCUGAAGAAGUAACUACCAGAGAAUUUGCAAAAUGCUGCUGUGGAACUUCGAUCUUAUUUAUUGGAUUCAUUUGGAAACAAACAAAGAAUUGACUAUGGAACAGGACAUGAAUUCUAAUUCUUCCUCUUCCUGUUUUCUUUAUUUAGAUUAGGCAUUUACACUGAGAAGGAUUACGAAGGAAUAGUGAGAUUAGCAUUUUAUAAGUACAUUAACACCAACUACAAUUUUAGGUAUAUCGAUUUUGCAAGAAAAGUCCAGAUGACUUACAUGCUUGAGCCAGCAGGUUCUCAUGGUGUUUGGGGAUUGGAUGACUAUUAAUUUUUACCAUUCGUAUUUGGAGCUGCAGAAUUAGUAAGAAAAUGAAUUAAUUCUUAGAUACAAAAUGACGAUGGUUUACUUCCUGAUUGUAUUAUCAAAGAGAAUGUAAUAAAGAAUUACAAAGCAGAAUACAUGUUUUUUUAAUGUAUAGAUUUCAUUAAUAAUGUAUCACAUUGUUUUUUAUACUAAAAAUAGGUUAAAAAAGGACCAUUCCAUGAGCAUAGUCCAAUUUUGCAUAGUCUUACUAAUUUGACUGGAUGGGAGAAGGUUUGCUCAGGACUAAUAAAGAUGUUCUAAGGAGAAGUGUUAUUUAAGCAUCCAGUGAUAAAACAUACAUAUUUUGGAACCAUAGUUGAGUUUAAAUGAAAAAUAAUUUGUGUAAAUCAAAUAAUAAAU